UUAUGACAGUGAUAAAUGCUUACAUCAAUUUGCGGCAAAUUUCGCUAUAUGUUCAUAUGAAAAGAUGAUAUGAAGGCAAGUGUUCACCAGCUAUGAAGCCAAGAUCUUGCUAUAAUGUUACAAUUGUUAUCAAAAAUUGAUGUAAACGAUCUAAACUGCAUCCGUUUCAUAACACAUGACAGAAAAGUUGAACUGAAUAAUAUCAGACCAUAUCCACAAUGUUAACGUUUAGCAUUGAACUCAAUUUUCGACGUCAAUUCAAGAAAUUAAAGUUUCAGAACAGUAUCGAAUUAUGUUUAUUUCGGAAUCAUCAAAACGGUUAGCCAAAAAAUAUUUUGUUGUCUUUCGCAAAUGUCAAAUCGCAUCUGAAAUACCCCGAGCUGAUGCUUAACGGUAACUAACACAGCACACAGCAUAUUCUGAGAAUUCACCGCAGACGUACCACUUUGUAACCGAGUCGGUGUUGGUUAAUCUGUUAGCGUCGGUUUUCGGUCGUGUGAUAUGCCUCAAUCGGCGCACAAAACAAACAAAUGAUACGCACAAAAAACAGUAGAAACACAAAAGUUGAAAAGAUCUGACAGUUUUGCAUAAAUACUCUGCGAAAAAGUGUUUCAUCUGUGGUGUGUAAACAGGCAAUGCAAACAUUUAAAAUGAAACGGAACUGUCAAACCAUUUAAACAUUAAAACAAAACAAACAUAAAAACAAAAACAAAAAAUGGUUACAAAUACCAGGUAAAGGAAGUCAUUAAAAAUCCUAAUGACUUUGUUCCGAUUGAAAGCAUAAUUUUUUUGCAUUGGUGCUGUUAGAAACACAAACAUUAUGCACGUUUUGUCGGAUUUUUUUUUCUCGAAUUAUGAGUGUGUCAAUCUUUGCAAACAAGACAUUAGCAGUUCCAAACUUGAGACGAUCGGACAGCUUUGCUUAACGGUUUUUGUUGAAAUAGUGUUUCGAUUGUAAAGUGUUUUGUGUAUGUUAACUUUCAAAAUAGAAACAAUUUCACAAGAGAAAGUGACAUUGAAUUCAUUGAAAACUCAUGUUUAGUUGCAAUUGGUGUGCAUAUCUGUCUUCUUUUGAGAAAUUGGAUAAAAACAAUCGACCAGUCGAUCAAAUUAAGAGAAUGCAAUCCGUGUUUUGAUGCUAUAAAUUGGUUUAUUUUAAUACAUGACAAAAUGCAGUCCGUAUUGAUUAAAAUGGUUCGAAUUCUGUGCAUCGUGCUAAUCUUUCAACGAAUCAAAUGUGAGAUUCGAAAGUUGGAAGAUGCAUUCGACAGUCUACAGAUAGAAAAUGUUGCCGGCUGCACGGCAAAGUGCCUGCACGGCAAUUUUACAACGGUUUUUUCUGGCUGUUAUGAGAGUUGUAUUAAGACAAAGCAGACGUUUCUGUUGAAUAGCAUCAAUAACAAAGACCAACAGAUUCAUCUUAUUUGUCGAGAAGUGGAUUCAUUAACCGUUGAAGUCGGCAAUGGCUCAAAGAUAUUCGAAAAUUCUAUUUUUCUGUUAGAAGUACGAACAAACAGCAGUGGACUUCCACUGCGAUUGGUUUACCUGAGCGAUUCAUCGAUUAUGAAGAUAGAAAAUUUGCAAAGAAACACAAUCUAUACCGUGAACACAAGUACGUUUAGUGAAAAUUUUGUGUAUCGGCAUUUCUCGAAUGUGGAAUUAUUCAAAACGUUGGACAACGAAGGUUACAUACCGAACCCGAUAUCGAAUGAAACGAUCAAACUGGGCUACAGUGUGCAAAAUAGCCAAGGACCACUUUUAACGACAAUCAAAUGGGAUCCAACAGACGACAAAAGUUGCAACUAUUACAUCCACUUGUAUGCGACAAGAGAUGAGAAUUACCUUCGUGAGCAAAACGUUCGCAAACUGCAGCCUAUCGAACUCUACCAUGUGGAGGAGAAAACACUAAAAUUCGAAACGGAGUAUAUGAUGGAGAUUCACGCAGUGAAUGGUAAACAUCCGAAUAUCAUCGGAAAUAAGAGUACGAUUGAAUUUAUAACACCAACCUGUUGGGAAUUCCAUGGAUUCGAUCUCCAGAAAUGCCGUCCACCACCUUUAUCAAAUAUAAACUCCACACAUGAAGAUCUCGACAGUGGUUCUUAUCGAAUAAAUGUCACAUGGGACAUGCCCAAAGGCAGUCCAGACCGUUACGAAGUUUCGAUAAAUCUGUAUAAGAACAAAGGAAACAUCCUAUCGCAGAAUGUUUCUGGGUCGAAGAAUUAUGCGUAUUUUUCUGAGGUAAACACAACGGACAUGUAUUAUGACGUAGAAAUCGUUGCGUUUUCUAAGGGAGGAUAUACAACGAAUCCAAUCAUUGAAUUCAGCCUGAAGAGACAAGACAAACACAAAGGAAAUCACACAGUCGUAGCGAUGUGCAUAUUAUUACCAUUCGCUGUUCUAUCAAGUCUAUCGAUCAUUUUCCUUGUGAUUCAAAAUCGACGCAGUCGGCUGAGGCAUAAAAAAGAGCUCUUUUCAAAGGAUAUGCACCUGCUCAAACUGAUCCAAACGUACAAAAAAGAUGAAAUGGAAAUCAAAGCAUCCAAUGUUGAUCUGUUUGAAGUGCUUGGUGAAGGAGAAUUUGGGAUUGUGAGAAGAGGACUGUUGAAACCAGCAAACAGAGUCAUCGCUGUGAAAAUGUUGAAAGAAAAUGCUGACAUCGAAGAUAUCAAAGGCUUUUUAAGUGAGAUCACGCUGAUGAAAUCAGUUGGGCAUCAUGAAAACAUCGUUGGAAUUGUUGGCCAUUCAACCAAAAUAUCCGACAUGAUGCUGCUCACCGAAUAUUGUAGCGAGGGGAAUUUGUUGGACUAUUUGAGAAAAUUCCGCGAAGCCUUUCCACCUGAAUCGAAUUACGAUUCGAAGUUGGUUGACAAAUUUACACCCGAAGACAAAUCGAUUUCACUGCAAACAAUCGAUCCAAAGAAUAUGCUCGCAGCGAAUGAGCAACCAGCCCAAUCAAACACGCAGAGUAUUGUCUUCAAUAGGCUGUACGACGAACAUGCAUUGGAAGAGCCAAUGUGUGAAAAACAACAUUCUUGCAAUAUUCUGUACGAAAAUGAAACCGACAUCGCAACCAGAGUUGCUGAAGACCCGGCGGUGUUACUGUUCGUAGAAAAUCGAUCGUAUGAUCUGUUGGUUUCGUCUGAAAAUGGCAUCCAGUCGAAACCGUUUAACAACGAUGGACAUGAAAUGAAACCGCUAAAAGCUGAUCAACACGACGCAUUGCCAUACCUCACCGGAAGGGAUCUCUUGAUGUUUGCCAAGCAAAUCGCAACUGGCAUGGAAUUUUUGGCAAACAAUAAAAUUGUGCAUCGAGAUCUAGCUGCACGAAAUGUUCUAGUGUGUACUGACAAAACGGUUAAAAUCGCUGAUUUCGGCUUGAGUCGCGAUAUUCAUGAGGACAAUUUUUACCAGAAAAGGACUGCAGGACGACUUCCAAUCAAGUGGUUGGCCCUGGAAUCGAUGACUGAUAAAAAGUUCACCAGCCAAAGUGAUGUUUGGUCAUAUGGCAUUCUGCUCUAUGAAAUAGUCACAAUGGGCGAUAAACCAUAUCCAUCUGUUAAAGGAGUAGAUUUGCUUGACUAUUUGAAAGAAGGAAAUCGCAUGUCACAGCCCAAAAAUUGCAGCAAAGAAUUCUAUGACCUGAUGCGAUCCUGUUGGCAUAAUGAUCCAGAUAAGCGGCCCGGCUUUGCGGAUAUUUCACUAAAAAUGGAUCAGUUCAUCGUCAAGACAAAAGAGAAUGGAUUGCCAGUCGACAGAUUAGAAUCAGCAACAUGUUGCAGUUUCGAUGAGCACCAUAAAGCUGAAACUACCCGUGAUAAUGCAUAUCUACGGCCAUUUUAAACAAUUUUUGUGAUCAAGUUUUUUUUGAGUCAAGAGAUUCAAUUUUAGACUAGAAUCAAGAGAUUGAUCGUUAGAUAAAGAAGUCACAGUUAGCAUUUUGAGAUUUCGGGCAUCCAGAGAUAAUGCCUAUAUAGUUGUGACAUGACUCUAAAUAUAUCGAUCGAAAAAUUACCUUUUGUUUUCGAUUAUCCAUAGCACUGGUGAAAAUAUGAAAGAAAAGGAAUUGUACUAAAAUGUGUUCUUUAUUCGAUUAAAUUUGUGACAAUUUUGUUCUUGCAGUGGCAUUAAUUACAAAAAGAAUUUUAUCAAUCCAUAAAAA